AGAAUUAGGAAGGAAGAGGAAGAACAGAGGAGGCAGAAGCUACAGGCUGUGGAGAGGAAGGCCAGGAUGAUGGAGGCUUUCUUGAAGGAGAAGGAGAAGGAGGUUCUCCAGCUGCAGGAGGAAGCCAAAACGUUCAUCACCCCCGAGAACCUGGACGCGCGGAUCGAGGAGUGCCUGGACAACCCUCGCAAAUACACCUUCGCCAUCGACAAGGACGGGCGGAUCGUCAAACGGACGGUCUUGCCUUAG